CAAUCCAAGCACGAUGUGCAUAUAUACAACGAUUCCGGGCGCGGGGUAUGCAGACCAAAAUCCAAGAUGAAUCCCGCCUCGCGCCUUCUUGCAGCCAGUCUAGCAAUGACGGCGGUCGCAGUUCCGUACGAGCAGUAUAUCUUGGCGCCCUCCAAUCGUACGUUACACCCCGUGUCGGUCUAUGGGGUCAACGGUACUGUUUUCAACGCCGAAAGCGUCAUUGGCGGCGAACAGCUCGGCAACGCGACGUUCGACGGUCCUUCGUCCGUCACUUUCGACUACGGCAAGAACAUCGCUGGCGUCGUCACCCUCGUCAUCAGAAACGUCUCUGACGAAGACCAGUUCGUCGGCAUCACGUUCUCAGAGAGCUCUCUCUGGAUCUCUAGUGCGGGCAGCGAUGCCACCGGCGGCAUCGCCAUCGACGACACGCUAUGGAUUCAAGCUCAAACCCCCGGGGUAUACACGGUACCCAGGCAAAACGAGCGAGGCGGGUUUCGGUACCUCAGCCUGAUUCACAACACCACGGGGACGUUGGACCUAGCCCGGGUGACCACCCAGUUCACCGCGAUGCCACACUACGCGGAGGAUCAGCUCAGGAAUUACUCUGGUUACUUCCACUCCGACGGCAAGCAUGCAUAUAUCCACGAUCUGUGGCUCUCUACUUACAUUAUACUUGUAGAUGAGCUGCUCAAUCGGAUUUGGUACGCGGGCGCAUACACGAACCAACUGUGCACGAUCGAUCCACAUUACGGCGAUGCCGUUAUACAUCCCGCGAACGUCGACAGCGCCGGUACCCUGCAGUGGUGGCUGAACAUUACUAUUUCUAAUGGCACCUCCGUGCUGGUCGACGGCGCCAAGCGCGACAGGCUUGUGUGGGCCGGCGACAUGUCCAUCGCCGUGCCCAGCAUUGUCACCUCGACGAAUGACCUGGUAUCCAUCCAGAACUCCCUCAACUCGCUGUUCGCGGUUCAGGACAAGACCAGCGGUCAGCUGCCGUACGCCGGCCAACCUUUCCCCCUCAUGCUCUCGCAGACGUACCACAUGUAUACGCUCAUUGGCGUCGCGAAUUACUACUUCUACUCGAACGACAUCGAGUAUAUCGUAAACAUGUGGGACGAUGUCAAGCUCGCCGUCGAUUUCGCCCUCAGCUUUGUCGAUGAUAGUGGCCUGAUGGACGUGACAUCUCCCAAUGAUUGGCUGCGAUAUGGAAUGGGCGGGCACAACAUCGAAGCAAACGCGAUCCUAUACCACACCUUGAACCAAUUGUCGUCUGUGGCCGCCAUCCUGAACGAAAGCAGCCUCGUAGCAUCGUGGGCCCAGACUGCCUCCACCCUCAAGUCGUCCGCCAACACGCUCCUCUGGGAUCACUCCGCCGGGAUGUAUCGCGACAACGAGACGACGACGCUCCACCCCCAAGACGGCAAUGCCUGGGCCGUUGUCGCCAAUCUUACCCUCAGCGCGACCCAGUCCCGCUCCAUCAGCUCCAACCUCGCCGCGCGCUGGACGGCGUACGGCGCCCCGGCCCCGGAGGCGGCCGACGCGAUCUCGCCCUUCAUAUCCGGCUUCGAGCUGCAGGCGCACGUCCUCGCGGGCAACGUCAGUGCCGCGCUCGACUUGAUGCGCCUCCAGUGGGGGUUCAUGCUCGACGACCCGCGGAUGACGAACAGCACGUUCAUCGAGGGCUACUCGACCACCGGCGCGCUGCAUUACGCGCCGUACAGCCUCGACGCGCGUAUCAGUCACGCGCACGGAUGGGCGACUGGGCCGACGUCAACGUUGACGUUCUUGAUCGCUGGGAUACAGCUAACGAGCGCGGGCGGGAAGACGUGGUUGAUCAAACCUGGCCUCGGAGACUUGGCGAGGGCGGAAGCAGGGUUCGUGACCAGCCUUGGCAGUUUCAGCGUCAAUAACACGAGGGACGCGGAUACGGGAGCUUUCAGCGUGGCGUUUGAGACUCCGGAAGAGACGAGCGGCGCCCUGAGUGUGGAGUAUCCGGACUGCGACGGGACACUAACCCUGUCACGAUCUGGACAGGAGCGGCUUGUCUUGAACGUGAAGAAGGAUGACGCGCCGGAGGGGCGCAUCGAGCUUGAUGGAUUGGAUGGGGGUUCCUGGCAAGCGGUCUUCACUUGUUCGUCAUAA